UUGGUGUCUUUGACGUUGACAUUUAAUGUAACUAGACGUGAUCGCCAGGGUUCCGAAUAUUUAUAAAAUAUUCAAAAAAUACAAAAACUUGUUUAAAAUAUAUUCAAAAAAUGGGCUACAAAUUCCUUAAACUUGCAACUUCAUCAGUAAAGGGUGGAAAUUUACGAAUCGCUACAAGACACUAUGCCACCAGUCACGAAGCUGACCUUGUUGUAAUUGGUUCGGGCCCUGGCGGUUAUGUUGCUGCUAUCAAAGCUGCCCAACUGGGUAUGAAGACAAUAUCCGUAGAAAAAGAUCCUACUCUAGGUGGAACUUGCCUGAAUGUUGGUUGCAUUCCAUCAAAGGCUCUCCUGCACAACUCACACUUGUAUCACAUGGCUAAACAUGACUUCAAGCACCGUGGUAUCGAAGUUGGAAAUGUUUCCUUCAAUUUUGACGCAAUGAUGAAAUACAAAGCUAAUUCAGUAAAAGCCUUGACAGGUGGUAUUGCUAUGCUUUUCCAAAAGAACAAGGUACAACUUGUCAGAGGUGUGGGAUCAAUUGUGGCUCCCAACAAAGUUGAGGUGAAAGGAGAAAAAGGUGUUGAGACAAUUAACACCAAAAACAUUCUUAUUGCUACUGGCUCUGAAGUUACACCAUUCCCUGGAGUCACUUUUGAUGAGAAGCAAAUCAUAACAUCAACGGGAGCACUUUCUCUGCCAUCAGUACCUAAGAAGAUGUUGGUGAUUGGUGCGGGUGUCAUUGGUCUUGAGCUGGGCUCAGUUUACCAAAGACUUGGUGCUGAUGUCACUGCAGUAGAGUUCCUUGAGUCUAUCGGAGGUGUGGGUAUUGACGGGGAAGUAUCUAAGACAUUACAGAAAAUCCUCGUCAAAGAAGGUAUGAAAUUCAAACUCGGCACUAAAGUAUUAGGUGUCAGGAAGGAAGGGAGUGUUGUCAAGGUCGAUGUGGAUGCAGCUAAAGGAGGGAAAAAGGAAACGUUGGAUUGUGACGUGGUGCUGAUCUCCAUCGGGAGGAGGCCGUACACGAAGGAUCUGGGCCUGGAGAAGGUGGGCAUUGCGCUGGACGACCGCGGCCGUGUGCCCGUCAACAACAAGUUCCAGACCACCAUUCCCGGAAUUUACGCAAUCGGCGACUGCAUCCACGGCCCCAUGUUGGCUCACAAAGCUGAGGAUGAAGGCAUUGUGUGUGUUGAAGGCAUUAAGGGAAUGCCGGUACACUUCAACUACGACGCCAUUCCAUCAGUUAUCUACACCUCGCCUGAAGUUGGCUGGGUCGGGAAAUCUGAGGAGGAUCUUAAGAAAGAGGGUCGGGCAUACAAGGUGGGCAAGUUCCCCUUCCUGGCGAACUCUCGCGCGAAGACCAACGGAGAGCCCGACGGCUUCGUGAAGGUGCUCGCUGACAAGGCCACCGAUGUCAUCCUCGGCACACACAUCAUUGGACCCGGUGGCGGCGAGCUGAUCAACGAGGCGGUGCUGGCGCAGGAGUACGGCGCCGCGGCUGAAGAUGUCGCCCGCGUCUGUCACGCACAUCCUACUUGUGCAGAAGCGCUCCGUGAAGCAAACUUGGCCGCGUACUUCGGGAAACCAAUCAACUUCUAAAUUAAGUUUAUGUGGUAACAUCUCGCCAUAUCACAAACUGGUCGUAGUGUACGUGAGGAUACAUUUAGGAAUCUUGUCUGAAUCUGAUGUGAAUAAAUUUUUUAAUUUAUUUAGUUACCGUAAUAACAGUCACCAAUUUAUUUUGUCCAUUAUUUGAUAAACAAUGA